AUGCGUACCGCAUGCGUUCUGCUAUGGCUGAUCGACCUGGGCAUAUCACACCAGAAGAUGGCGGACGUCGGAGCUAUCUCUCUAUCCCAGCAGAUCCUUCAGCUGAGGGAGGGUUGUGGCGGGAUCGAGCAAGGACAGAGCUUGAGGAUAAGAGGAGGAGGUUCAGCUACGGGAAAGAAGAGGGCGGCAGCAGGAUGUGAUGCCGAGCGGAGUAAGAGAAGGAGAUUCGGCGGGGCCAUUGAUGGCAACUGCGAUUCAUAUCUUGGAUCACCGGAUGAUGCGACUUUUUCGCAACCCAUCUUGAGCGAGAGUUCAGCGACGGAGUUGCGAUGCUCGCCACGCAAAAAGUUACGUAGGAGAGGCACGUGGUCGGAAGCUGCAGAUCGUGUAGAACACUCUUCUGUUGGGAGGUCUGACUACAGAGAUGACAACGUGCGGGAAAAUACAUGCACGGCGCUAGAGAGUUCGUUGCCCGAUGGACUUGCCGGUGUUGAAUUCAUCAAGUCUGGCAAAGUGAAGAUCGUCCGAGUUGUCCUACCUGAUGGGAAUCAGUAUACUGUGCAUGUUCCCGAGAUCCUUGUGAACAAACGCAAGAAUGUUGCUCUCCAUGCGUCUAGUGCGAGCUGUGGGACCGUGUGCCAUGGCGAUGAAAGCGAGCUUAUGGGGUCUGGUUUCACCAUUCAAUCUAAGGCCAAAUUUCCCGGGGAGAUUCUGAAACCAAGAGAAGAAAAUUUAGUGCAGGAAAGCAAGCUAGAAUGGAAGGUGAGAGCCCAUGUUAAUGCAACAAUAUUCACUGAUGAGUCUUCAGCCGCGAAAAUGCUCUACGUGUCAGACAAAGGCAACACCAAGGUGGAUAUUCUAAAGUUUUGA